GCCACAAGCAUGGCGCCCGCCUUCGCGCCGGGCAAGCCCCCGUCCUAUGCUAAGCUGGGUAAUGAGCCUGAUGACCAGGAUGACGACUACGUGGCCGAUCAACGGCGCGCACAGCAGAUCGAGCGGCACAAGCAAGACGAGAGUCUGGACGAGCUGCACUCGGCAGUCAAGCGCCUCGGAGACAUGAGCCUCAACAUUAGCACAGAGCUCGACACACAGAAUAAGAUGUUGGAUGACCUAAACGAUGAUACAGACAAGGCCAAGCAGCGCUAGAGAUCGUGACAAAAGAGACGCAAGAGCUUAUCAAGCAGUCGGGCGGAAUGAAGAACUUCAUCGUUAUAAUCGUGCUGGUGCUGAUCCUGCUGCUGCUGACGUACUUGGUGAUCAUGACAUGAGUCAGGGUGAGGUCAUUGCGAUGGGUAAUAUAUAUACGACGGCCAGUAGAGCAGGUUCUUUUGCGGACGCUCUGCAUCGACAUAGCAGGAGACGCAGGCAGGAAGAUAGGCAGGAAGUCGACAC